ACGAACUAAAGUCUCUGGGAUUACUGAUUGCAUGUGUUAAAUUUACGGAAUUUUACUGAUACUGCCUUUUGGUGUGGAAAAUCGUCCAUCAUGGGUCGCAUGCACGCUCCUGGAAAGGGUAUAUCCCAAUCAGCUCUCCCUUACCUUUUAUAUUUUCUAGGAGUAAUUCUUCGUGACUCGCAUGGAGUUGCUCAAGUAAGAUUCCGUACAGGAAAUAAAAUCCUCCGUAUUGUUAAAAGUAUGGGUCUUGCUCCGGAUCUACCUGAAGAUUUGUACCAUCUUAUUAAGAGAGCAGUACAAAUCAGAAAGCAUUUAGAGAGAAAYCGAAAAGAUAAGGACAGUAAAUUCCGGUUAAUUCUUGUUGAAUCAAGAAUUCAUCGUCUUGCAAGAUACUACAAGACAAAAGGAUCACUUCCACCAAAUUGGAAGUACGAAAGUUCAACUGCCAGUGCUUUGGUGGCGUAAUUCUUUUUAUUGUUAAUAAAUGUAAGAAAUAAUAAACAUCUGUCUUAUCGAUUUAUGUA